CAAAAUCACCAAAAUGUUUGCCAUUUCGUCAAAGUACCUCCAGAUUUUAAGUCGCCCUUUCCGUCGUCGCUUUUGCCAGAGGUGCGACAUAUCCAGCGCCACCGGUGGUCGCAUCCUGGCCGCCAUCGACUUCGACAAGACAAUCGUUCAGCAGGACUCCUAUCUGGUAGUCAGCCAGCUUUUGCCAAGUGCGCAGCGGGCCAAGGAGCUACAGAAACUGAUUCCCAAGUGCGGCUGGCUAAACUUCAUCUCCCGCGUGCUAGCGGAGCUUCACGGCGAGCACAAGAUCUGCUCACCGGCGGUGGGCAAGUGCGUGCGUCGAAUGGAGGCGGUUCCGGGUAUGCUGCGCGUGUUGCGCCGCCUGGCCAUCAACCCAGCGGUCGACCUGUGCAUCGUCAGCGAUGCUAAUUCAUUUUUUAUCAGCGAGUGGCUAACUGAAUAUGGCAUCGAGGACAUCUUCGCCAGCGUGUACACCAAUCCUGCCAUUGUGCAGACCGACGGAGAAGUACUUGUCCUGCCAUACGACGAGCAGCCGGACUGCGAUCUCUGUCCGGAAAAUCUCUGCAAGGGCGCCGUCAUGCAGGAGCUGAUAUUCAGCGGAAGCUAUGACCGCGUCAUCUAUAUUGGAGACAGCUGCAACGACCUGUGCGCCAUGCAGCAGCUCCGGGAGGGGGAUGUGGGCUGCAUCCGACGUGGCUACGAGCUGCACGAGGAGAUGAGCACCGCUGACGGCCACGGAAAGUCUAUGCUGAGUUGCUCGAUAAUCACGUGGCGCGACGGCCACGAGCUGGAAGAGCGCCUGACGGGGAGUGAGUGGAUGGUAAGGCCAGGAUAUUAAUGCUGCUGUUUUAUUCGACUUAAAAAUAAAUCUUCUCGUAUGUGUUUGUGUA